UUGUCGGACAAUAAAUAUUCAAAAGUUUUCCAUUUUUCUUUGCAGCUUAUUGGCAACGGAGUGAUUGCGACUUUGGUCUUCAGUGAUGCUGGUAAUAUUGGUGCAGUAGCAGGGCCACUAGGAUGGGGAGUUGCUCUCAUGGUCGCUAUUGCAGUCACAGGUGGCGUUUCAGGUUGCCAUGCCAAUCCUGCUGUCUCGCUAGCAUUUGCAACGGUGGGAAAAUUGCCUUGGAAGAAAGUGAUGCCGUAUAUUUUUGCUCAGUACGCUGGCGCAUUCGUUUCAGCCAUUGUUCUUUUCACUGUUUACCUUGAAGCCUUCUAUCACUUCAGUGGAGAUUUGAGAGAAAUACCUCCUAAUGCUUCUGCUACGGCACAAAUUUUUGCAACAUAUGCUCCAGAGCAUGUCAGCAACUGGACUGCUUUUGGAGAUCAGGUUUUGGGAACAAUGCUUCUGAUGAUGGCUGUCGUGGCCGUCACUGAUCCUCAUAACAUGGCCAUCCCGAAAGGAUCGUAUCCUCUAGUCAUCGGGCUGUCUCUGUCUGCAAUAAUCUUUGCAUUUCCACUGAAUUGCGGAGCACCUCUCAAUCCUGCCAGGGAUCUGGGUCCAAGAGUAUUCACCGCUUUAGCUGGAUGGGGCUCAAAUGUCUUCAGGUGAGCGAAUUUCACAGUUAAGUUUUUAAGAAAAGAAGCAUAUUCUUUCGAAUCUAAGUGAAAAGAUGUGAAUUUUACGAACGAAUUAAUUAUUCAGCAUCAAUAAAGUUAUUACAGGAGAAUACUCAGCAUGUACAAGGUAUACGAUGAAAGCUGGCUGUAGUUUUUAAAUUUUGAAUAGCGAUUUUAAACAUGUAUGCACAUCUAAUAAAAUAAUUUCUUAACA